AUAAAAAUAUAAGUAGUAACCUCUAAAAACACUUAAAAUAUGGUUUUAAUAACUAAAAUUUGUUUUGCAGUUAAAGAAAUAAAAAUACCGCGUAACUAUUUACGUAGUAAGUUUAUAGAUUCCGUCAGACUACAUGUAAAAGGUGGGACCGGUGGUACGGGACUUCCCAAGUUUGGCGGUCUUGGUGGUCAAGGAGGAUGCGUGUACUGUGUGGGAAAUGAAAAUUCCAAUCUUAGACAAAUGUCAAAGUAUCGUGCCAAAACAAUCACCGCUGGUCACGGUGAAGAUAGCCGAAAAGCUAAGAUAGUUGGUAAUCCAGGUUCUGACGUUAAACUAGAAGUACCACUCGGUGUGACAGUCUACAGAGAAGAUGGUAAGGUCUUGGGUGCCAUAGACAAAGAGGGUGAUACAGUAAUAGUGGCUAGAGGUGGUCCUGGAGGAAAUCCAGACAAUAAUUUCUUAGGUCAUUUUGGACAGACACAUCAUAUUCGUUUGGACCUUAAAUUAAUUGCUGAUAUAGGUCUCGUCGGAUUUCCGAACGCAGGCAAGAGUUCUCUUCUAAAAGCUAUUUCUAGAGCUAAACCACGGAUAGCAAAUUAUCCCUUUACGACAAUAAAACCAAAUAAGGGAAUAAUUCAGUAUGAAGACCUUAGACAAAUCUCGAUGGCGGAUCUACCAGGUUUAAUUGAAGGGGCACAUAUUAAUAUUGGUCUAGGACAUAAGUUUUUAAAACAUGUUGAAAGAACAAAAUUGUUACUAUUCAUUGCUGAUGUUGAGGGCUUUAGAUUGAGUCCAAAACAUACAAAGAGGUCAUGUUUAGAAACAGUUCUUUUACUGAACAAGGAGUUGGAACUAUAUGACCCUGAGCUGCUGAACAAACCAGCUAUUUUAGCCAUCAACAAAAUGGAUUUAAACGGUGCGGAAGAUAUUCUUAAAGAAGUUAAAGAAUCACUUUCAGAUAUACAAAAUAAAAUUGACAAAAUACCAGAAGAAAUAAGACCAGAAAAUAUAAUUUCAUUUGAAGAUAUUGUUGGAAUAUCUGCAUUGAAAGGAAGUUCUGUAGAAGAACUGAAGCAACUGCUCAGGAAACGACUUGAUGACUUAGCAGAAGAAAGCAAUCCGGAUAUUAUAGAACCUAGCAGAUUAUUAAAGAGAAACAGAGCUAUUGUGCGAGAAAGAGGACCACAGAUCACAUGAUGUACUGUUUUAUAUAAAAAUAGAUAAUUGUAAAUAAGCAUUACAAAAGGUUUAAUUAUUAAUGAAUAAAAGAAGAAAUUG